GGCGCGAGUAACGGCCCCGCCGCCGUCCCUUCCGGCGGCUGCCAGCGACGCCAGCGACGCCGCGGGCGCGGCGAACAGCCCACGGCGGCCAGGCCCGGGCAGCCCCCCGCCCCGCGCCGCCCCCGAUGACGACGGCCUGGGCGUAUCGCUGGGCUCCCUGGCGCUCAGCGCCAGCGCCGUCUCGUCCAGCCUGGCCUCGCUGUCGAGGCUGCGGCUCGACCCCGACGGGGGCCUCGCCGUGGCGCCGCCCGCCGAGGCAGCUCCGCGAGAGCUGCGGCCGCCACCGCCGGCGGGGCGUGUGCAUGCGGUGGAGGGGCGCCCCCUGGGCAUCGUGCCCCCCUGCGGCGACGACCUGCCGCCGGCCGUGCGAUUGUUCGGGUCGGCCGGCCGGCGCCACCGGUCGCCUGCGGCCUCGGGGCACGAGGCCGCCUCCGCCGAGGCCGCCGGCCGCCUCGCGGCACCUCGGGCGCCCGAGGGGUGGCCGCCGCCUCCGGCGCAGCCGCUUGAGCAGCCCGCGUCGCGGCCGCCGCG